AACAACAAGAGUUCAAUAAAAUUAAAUCAAAUAAAUAAAAUUAUAAAUGUGUGAAUAAAUGUAAUAAUUUUCGUCUAUUCCAUUAAAUCACCUUUAUAUAGUGUUAUAUUGUGCCCAUUUAAAAAUUAACAGCAAUAAUAGCACCCUCUACCAAAUAUUAGCGAGUUGUGGAAAAUAUUGAUUUUUAGAAUCUUCUUAUCAGUACUCGCAAUAUGUGAGCAUAACAAAACCAGCCGUCGUAUACUUCACAAUACUACAAACCUUUUUGCUUAUGAAAUGCGAAACUAGUGCCAGAUAAACAUAUCAAGUUGAAGAGAGUAGCAUACCCCACGGCUGAUAACCUCCCAACCCUCAUCCUAUAUUUUUGUUGAUACCUGGUGAGAAAAUUCAACUGCAAAUUGCACAUACCUACACACAUACGCACCCGUUUUUAUCCGGAUUUUUGACGCACGUGUAUCUGUCACAAAAUCCAAUCAUAAGCAUAAAAUCACCGAGUUACAAUCAAAUACCUUCAAGCUUCGUCCUUCAACAGCGUCAGCACCAUAGGGCUCGCCGAGACUGCCGUACUGGACAUUAUGGCUGCUAACCUACAACAGCAGCGCAUCAUUAACGAACAGCUGCGACGGGAGGCGAAUGUACCGCGCAUACAGGUGUCACAGGCAUGUCAGCUGAUGAUGAAAUACAUGCUGGAGCAUGAAAGUGAGGAUUGCCUGCUGAAUGGAUUCUCUAGCCAAAAAGUGAAUCCAUUUCGCGAAAAGAACUCGUGUAAUAUUUUGUAAGUACUUUUCUUGCCUUGAGUAGGCAAAACAUGGUUGCAUUUUUUUUCGCUUCUCUAAUAUGUUUAAAACAAUUUAAAACAAUAUAACUUGUUCCAACAGUGCUAACUAUUUAUUAUUUUAUUUAUACACACCUAAACAUACCUAAAACAUGAUUUUAUUUAUAAUUAAAUUGGUUUAAUUGCAACCAUUGCCACACUCUCAACUCUAAAUGAAAACAAAAGUCUCAUAAGCAACCUCAAUUACCUAGGAGCUGUCUAAGUAGAAUGUGUAGAAGCGAUAAAUCGCAGACAUAAAUAAAUGUUUAUAUUGUAUACACGCACUAAGAGAACAAAUAAAAUAAUGGAAUAAAUAAACAAAACAAAAAAAGCAAAUUAAAGUGAAAAAACAGUGGGGAAUACUCUCUAAUUGCCAAAAAGCCAAAACAAAACAAAAUAACGGCAUUUUACAGUAUAUGAGCACUAAAAUAGUAUAAUAUAAAAUAAAUAUUAUGUAGAAAAAUAUAUAAAUUUAUAGUAAAAAUAAAAAUAAUAAAAAAAAUUUAAAUCAUAAAAAAAACAACAAAAAAAUUAGUAUGACAAAAUUAAAAUGUAAUAGUUAAUUAAAAGAAUAUAUAUAUAUAUAAACUUGCUAUGAAUAAAUAUAAAUAAUCAUUAUUAGA